CGGCGGGUGGCGGCGCCCGGCGGCGGUCCCGCUCGAGCGCGCCGGCCGCGGGACCAGGGUGCCGCCCUGAGGCCUGGCUGGGGCACGACAGCCUCCCCGGCGCGCCCGUCUGUCGCCACAGCAACAUCCAGAGCCUGAGCGUCCUGCGCCCAGCCCAGCGGGGCACAGAGUCUCCCUCUGCCAGCAACCUGGGGCCCCGGAGCAGAGCGAGCGCGGUGACGGCGCCUCCCUGCCGCCAGUCCCCGGACCACCAUGGCCAAGAACCAGAGGGACAGGAAUAGCUGGGGUGGGUUUUCAGAAAAGACAAAUGAAUGGAGCUUAGAAGAGGAGGAACCAGUGAAAAAGGCAGGACCAGUCCAAGUCCUUGUUGUCAAAGACCACCAUUCUUUUGAGUUAGAUGAAACUGCACUAAAUCGAAUCCUUCUCUCAGAGGCUGUCAGAGACAAGGAGGUUGUUGCUGUAUCUGUGGCUGGAGCAUUUAGAAAAGGAAAAUCAUUCCUAAUGGAUUUCAUGUUAAGAUACAUGUACAGCCAGGAAUCAGUUGAUUGGGUUGGAGAUUACAAUGAACCAUUGACUGGUUUUUCAUGGAGAGGUGGGUCUGAACGAGAGACUACAGGAAUCCAGAUAUGGAGUGAAGUCUUCCUUAUCAAUAAACCUGAUGGCAAAAAGGUUGCAGUGCUAUUGAUGGAUACUCAGGGAACUUUUGAUAGUCAGUCAACUUUGAGAGACUCUGCCACAGUAUUUGCCCUUAGCACAAUGAUCAGCUCUAUACAGGUAUAUAACUUAUCCCAAAAUGUCCAGGAGGAUGAUCUUCAGCACCUCCAGCUUUUCACUGAGUAUGGCAGACUGGCAAUGGAGGAAACAUUCCUAAAGCCAUUUCAGAGUCUGAUAUUUCUUGUUCGAGACUGGAGUUUCCCAUACGAAUUUUCCUAUGGAUCUGAUGGUGGCUCCAAAUUCCUGGAAAAACGCCUCAAGGUCUCAGGGAACCAGCAUGAAGAACUACAGAAUGUUCGAAAACACAUCCAUUCCUGUUUCACCAAAAUUUCCUGUUUUCUGCUACCUCAUCCUGGCUUAAAAGUAGCUACCAAUCCAAACUUCGAUGGAAAACUGAAAGAAAUAGAUGAUGAAUUCAUCAAAAACUUGAAAAUACUCAUUCCUUGGCUACUUAGUCCUGAGAGCCUAGAUGUUAAAGAGAUCAAUGGGAACAAAAUCACUUGCCGAGGCCUGGUGGAGUACUUCAAGGCUUAUAUAAAGAUUUAUCAAGGUGAAGAAUUACCACAUCCUAAAUCCAUGUUACAGGCCACAGCAGAAGCUAACAAUUUAGCAGCCGUAGCAAAUGCCAAGGAUACAUACAACAAAAAAAUGGAAGAGAUUUGUGGUGGUGACAAACCAUUUCUGGCCCCUAACGACCUGCAGACCAAACAUCUGGAGCUUAAGGAAGAGUCUGUGAAGCUAUUCCGAGGGGUGAAGAAGAUGGGUGGGGAGGAAUUUAGCCGGCGUUACCUGCAGCAGUUGGAGAAUGAAAUAGAUGAACUUUAUAUGCAGUAUAUCAAGCACAAUGAUAGCAAAAAUAUCUUCCAUGCAGCUCGUACUCCAGCCACACUGUUCGUUGUCAUUUUUAUCACAUAUGUGAUUGCUGGUGUGACUGGGUUCAUUGGUUUGGACAUCAUAGCUAGCCUAUGCAAUAUGAUAAUGGGACUGACCCUUAUCACCCUGUGCACCUGGGCAUACAUCCGGUACUCUGGAGAAUACCGAGAGCUGGGAGCUGUAAUAGACCAGGUGGCUGCAGCCUUGUGGGACCAGGGAAGUACAAAUGAGGCUUUAUACAAGCUUUACAGUGCAGCAGCAACCCACAGACAUCUGUAUCAUCAGGCUUUUCCUGCACCAAAGUCAGAAUCUACUGAACAAUCAGAAAAGAAGAAAACUUAAUCCAAAUGUUAAAAAAUACAGGUGCAUGACCAAUUUCAGUUACAUGUCUCCAUGUAAACAUUCAGUGCUUCCACCAGAAAGAGUAAAAUACCAAACACCUCUGAAGACUGCAAAAAUGGUUUUGUUCUUUUAUUUCAGUGUUUAAUAGCAGAUGUAUGUAUGCAUGGUUAUUAUUUCGUUAACGUGUACAGUUUUCUGAUUUUGUCUUCAAAUAUACUGUUAUUCUUUAAAGUUAUCUAUUUAUGAUGACAGUACAUGUGUUCUGCUUGAAUUUACUAAAUUCUACUACAGGGUUGUAAUUAAACCAAGUGGUAAAAUAUUACUCCCUGUUUGGAUAUGCUCAUUUAGUUUUUACAGAAGAAUUUUGAAAUUAUCUCAUAGUCAUAUGUUAAAGCACAGCAUCACAACUCCAAAGGCUUGAUUCAGUCUAUAUCAUCUUACAUAUACCAUAUGCUUAUUUUUAAAGACAUUUAAGAGAUCUUUUCAGUUGCUUAAUCAAAAACUAUGUAUUGCUUUUUAUAUUAUGAUUUAAUAUAGAAUAUAAACCUCUUGAUAAAAAAUGCACAAUAGAUCACUUUGUAUGUAUUUAAGUUUCUGCAUUGUAUAUUUUUUCAUUUGCUACACAAAGAAAUGUAUUCAUCAUAGGUUUAUUCUUUUAAUAUGUCAACUAUGAUUAAAGUUUACUCUGGUUUCUAAAAUUAAAAACAAAUGCUUACUGAA